CUCCAGGGAGCUUUCUCCUCUCUCUUUCCUUCCGCCGAAGGUUCGCUUCCCCUGUUGCUCAGCAACGCCCGACGGCACUCUGAUCGACGACUGCAGCUUCUGCCGUCCACCCUACAGCAGAUGAAGUGACGAGACAUGGCUGGCUCGUUGACGCCUUCGAAAAGACCCAGUGAGGGGAACUUCACGGAGCCGAAUGGCAAAAGAAAGGUUCAGAAUAGUUCUACUACCACAUCACCGGGCAAGUCCUCUAAGUCCUCCCCGGGAAGCACCAUCUUCCGUGUACUCUGUCCUGCUUCGGAGGCUUAUGCCAUCAUAGGAAAUAACAGUUCCUUUAUCUUGCAAAUUCGCCAAGAAACUGGUUCCAAUGUUCUAGUUGAGGAAGCUGUCCCCGGGUGUGAUGAGAGAGUAAUUUUUAUUACUGGUGCUGAUGUAGAGAGCAACGUAGUUUCGCAGCAGAACCAGGAAGGUAAACGUGAUGAGGGUAAUGGGAAUAAAGGGGAUGAAGAUAUGAAGGAAAAUGCUGAGGACGGUGAAAAUAAGGGAGACCAAAGUGGAGAAGAUUGCAGAGCUGGAGUGGGGGGGGCAUCUUUGCAGAAGGCUCUGUUGCUUGUGUUUGAGAAAUUGGUCGAAGGACAAUCAACGACUGAGGAUAAUAAUGGAGACGCCAAUAAGUCUGCUUCGUUCAUAUUUAGGUUACUCGUGCUUUCUAGUCAAGUGGGCUGCCUUUUGGGGAAGGCUGGUAGUGUUAUCAAGCAAAUGACGACCGACAGUGGAGCAGAGAUACGUAUUCUUCCCAAGGAUGGGCUUCCUCCACUUGCAUCUGCUUCUGAUGAAUUGGUUCAGAUUGCAGGGGAAGUUGAUGCAGUCAGAAUAGCUCUCCGAUCUGUUUCUCAACAACUGAUAGAAAAUGCAACUCGAGAUAGGGAAACUUUCCUUGCUAACCCAAGUAGUUCAUCAUCUCAUUCAUCUGGUAAUUCACUUCCAAAGCAAGAAUCACACCAUAUAUCGAAACAUUAUGCUGCUCAAAGGGCGGCAUCUUUUGGUUCAAGGCCUCGUGGAAUUGGUGAUUUUCAUCCCCAUGUACCUCCUCUGAUCUCAAGGUUUCAUGAAAAUGGUCACCAGAUUCGGAUGAAGCCAUCUCUUGAUAUGUUAAGCUUCCGCUUACUGUGUACUAGUGAUAGAGUGGGAGGAAUUAUUGGAAAAGGUGGCGCAGUGGUGAACGCUAUUCAGCAAGAGACUGGGUGUGAAAUCCAUGCCGUAGAAGGUCCUCCUGAUUCAGGGGACCGCAUCAUUGUUAUAUCUGGGCCAGCGCAUCCAGAAGACAGGAUUUCAGCUGUACAACACGCACUUCUUCGUGUCCAGAAUAGAAUUCUGAGGGCUACACCAGAUAACAAGGACAGCUCUGUGAUGGCCCGAAUUCUUGUUGCAUCCAAUCAAACCGGUUGUCUUCUCGGAAAAGGUGGUUCUAUCAUAGCUGAGAUGAUGAAGUCAACUGGGGCAUAUAUCCGUACGCUAGGGAAGGACCAGAUACCAAAGUGUGCUUCCGAAGAUGAGGAAGUAGUUCAGGUUAAUGGAGAAUACGAUGCGGUUCAGGACGCUCUUUUGGAGAUAACCAAUAGGUUGAAGUUUCAGUUCUUCCGUGAUGUGUUUCCUUCUAUUGAUCAUCCAUCGAAUCCUGCUCUUUUUGAUCCAGUCCCUCCUUUCCCCUCAUUUAUGAAGAGGGAGCUCUCUCCCCCUCCUCGAAUAUUUGGCCCCUCGUUUCACAAGUUCGAUCCUGUUGGUGGACCUGGUGAUUUUCAUCUGCAUGAUGACCAUCCUCCUUUCAUGCGUAAUAUUUUCCGGCCAGGUCUGCCCCUGCAUAUGCCUGAAAGAAGACCAUGGGGACGAGAGGGACUUAUCGAUAGUGGCGGCCCUCUCGGAUUUCCAGAUUUCCCUGGAGGCCCUCCAAGAAGACUGCCAGGACUUGUAGGAGGAGUUGGACAAGCUAUCAUCACAAGCACAACUAUUGAGGUUGUUGUUCCAAGUUCAGUUGUUCCUAGCAUUUAUGGAGAAGAUGGUUGGUCCUUGAAACGAAUCCGUAUGAUUUCUGAUGCGAAAGUUACAAUUGCCGAUCCCAAGCCUGGAGCUACAGAGACUGCCAUCGUCAUAUCAGGGACACCAGAACAAACUCAUGCCGCUCAGUCUCUUAUUCAGGCAUUUGUAAUGCUGGAAAAUGAGGAGACCUGACAUCUUCAUAGAGCUUCCUGCAGGAUGCAGGAUAUGUGGGAGAGGAGAUCUCAUCGACCUUUAAGUUUGUUUUGUCAGUAUGGCAAUCCUUCUGCCGGAUCAGCAAUAGAAGUGCCAAACCUAGCAGGCUGAUCGAUCCAUUCCUUCUCCAAUUAUCCGGAGGUUUGUAUAUAUAUGUAUAUUAUUAUGACAGCGUAGGUCUAAUCUCUGUCAAAAUGUUAUGAUAGAAGAAUCGUUAGUGUGUACAUUCUGAGGACAUGUGGAACUUUAUCCCGAUACUCUGCCCAGAAAAGAGGGGAAGGGGAAUUGUACCUCCCGAGCGGUAGUUUUUUUUUCCUUUUUCCGCUUUAAAAUUUCGAAUGAUAUAACAAUUCUUGUGCGAAAUCUGUUCUUCGAUAGAAA